CACUUCCAAAAAAAAAAAAAAAAAUUCUCAGCUGCCUACUUCUGCUGUUUUGCAUAUGUACACAUGGGAUUCCCGGUGGAAGGAACCAAGACAGAGACUCGGGUCACACACAGCUGUCGGAGCAAGGGCUGGGAGUUCCUAUGGUUCAAAUUGCAAAUGUUCGUGCUGUUCGACUAAGGGAUAUAGUAUCUGAAACAGUAACCAUAAAUUAAAGUGAUACAUGCCUUGAGUGGUUGGUUUUUUUAAUUUAACACACAGAUACACAGACAGGCACACACAAAAUCCGACAAGAGAGAGAAAACCUGAAGUUAUGUCUGGGGGAGCAUACUACAGCCCUGGCACUGGGAGGCAGGAAACAGAGAGUUCCUGGCCAGCCUAGGAUAAGGCUAUGCAAAAUAGAGAUGAAAAAAAUACAAAGAUUUGUGAGACUAAAAGGCAUAGCAUUGGAUAUUAAAUUGGUAAUAAUGAACUAAUUGUCAUCUGCAUAAAUAUUGGGGUCCAUGGAGUUUUAAAAAGUGCCUUUUUCAAACAGGUUUUUCUUUUAUGUAUGUCUAUAUGUGGGUUUGUGCAUGUGAAUGUAGUAUGGACAGAAGCCAGAAGAGGGCACCAGAUCCACCCGGGGCUGCAGUUAUGAGCAGUAGUGAGCUGCCAAACUUGGGUGCAGAGAGCCGAUCUCAGGUCCUGUCUGCCAGAGCAGAGGUGCUCUUAAGCUGCUGAGCCAGGUCUCUAGCCUUAAAAUGACUUUUAACUGCACUGACUGGCAUCUGUGAAAGGAGGACAGGUACACAUACUUCUCAGGGGUGUUUUAAGAUGUCACUCAUUUAAUAAUUUUAAACUUAAAUAAGUUGAUCUAUAUUAAGAAACUGCAAAACCAGUUCACACUUGUUUCUCAUAUGACAAGUGAAACCCACGGGUAAAUUACAUGCAAACAGUGAAUAAGCACUUCUUCUAAAGCUACUCUCUCAGGUUUUAGUGAACCAUUAGCAGCUCCCGGUUAAAACACAACUGUGCCACUGCUCUGAUCGGCCAAGCCCAUCUUUCUACUUUGAGCACCGUGCCAUCGAGCCAAUCACCAAGUCUGUGCUUUUGUUCGUUGCUUAUUUAAGGUGAAAAAGGAAGGGAGAGUAAAGAUAAGUCAGUUGGUGAGCUCACAUCCCUACCCCUCCCCUAAGAGUGAUGGGAUUUCCGGGAGACAUCAAUCACUACCACUACAGAAACUCAGGCUCCUUUUAUGGAGACCUGGAAUCCAGAGUCUCAAGCAUCUAAAGGAAAAUUGGGAACCAGGGCUGCUUUUGAGCUAAGCUCAACUGCAAAUGCAAGAUGUUUGCCUCCAGUGAUCACACACAGCACCCUGUGCUCUACAUACCGGAAGGCCUUUCCAUGUGCUUGUUUCAAUAAACAAGCUCACUGGCUCCAAUUCCCUUCAUGCAUGUCUUUGACCUGAAAUCUGAGAUUCUACUAAGUGUGGACCAAAUCUGAUGAGGAAAAUGGCAAUCGAAUUCUAGCCUUUAAAGAAGACAACUUAACCCCACUUGAACCUGACUUCAAGGAGCUGGGCUAACACCUGGGUAGUAUGUCAAUCAAAGUACAUCAGGUUACAACAAAGUUAAAGAAACAUGCUAGACGAGACAUACUCUCCAAGUCUGGAGGAAAGAAACCAAAAUAAGACUGAGCGGUCCAGUAAGAGCUGGUGGAAGCCAGAGGACAGGCAUGCAUCACUUCUGAUCAGCAACCACCAAGCGUGUAUGGUGUGUGUAUGUGUGUGUGUGGUGUGUGUGUGUGCUCUCACAACCGUCUGUGUAAUAAGAUCAGAUGCCCUAUUCUGGUGUGUUGGAAGACAGCAACUGUGUACUCAUACACAUAAAAUAAAUAAAUCUUUAAAAAAAAGGAAUUAGUGCUAAGGAAAUUACCAACUUCAUCAUUCUAUAACAUUUAUAAUAGCUAUUUAUGGAAGGAAAAAUGAUUAAAAUAAAGCAUAUUUGAAUAUGUAACACACUUCCUGUUUAUAUUUCUUGAUACACAAAACCAUUUUUUGAGUAAUUUCAGAGAUUUUUUUUCAAUGAUGUGUGGUUAUGUAAGUUACAAUCUUGAGCUGGGAGUAGUGGUACACUCUUUUAUUUUCAGCACUCAGGAGGCAGAGGCCGGCGGUUCUGAGUUCCAGACCAGCCUGGACUACAGAGCAAGUUUAAGGACAGCCAGGGCCACAUACAGAAAUCUGUCCUGAAAAAAGUAUUUUUAUGAAGCUAUAAUUUAGAUUAGGUGCUCCUUUGCUAGCAAAGAUGGCGGCAGCUGCUGCAAGCCCAGUAGUCGGUGCAAAGCCAGCAUUGCAUGAGAUUCACAUUCACUUAUGCCAGCGUUCCCCAGGCAGCCAGGGUGGGAGGGAUUUCAUCCAGCAAUGGUACGUGGAGCUGAAGAAGGUACACCCCGACCUGCCCAUUCUAAUCCGCGAAUGUUCAGAGGUGCAAUCCAAGCUCUGGGCCCACUAUGCUUUUGGCCAAGAGAAGAACGUGUCUCUGAACAAUCUGAGUGCUGCUGAGGUGACCAGAGCCAUGGAGAAUGUGCUAAGCAGCAAAGCUUGAAGGAAGUGUCUCCACUGAGGACUGAACAAGCCCACCAGAACCUCCCAGACUGAAGACAAUGUGGGGAAAUGUGUUCUUUUGGUCCUUAUAAAGCUUACGCUGUACAGUGUUGCUUCAAAAAAAUUUUAAAAAAGAAGCUAAUUUAAAUGUCAGUUAUAUAAAAAGUUGCGAGCUGGGGGCGAUGGGAGGGGUGAGAUAGGAUAUAUACCAAACUAUUAUUAAUUAGGCUGUGGUCAAUAUUCCUGGCAGCUCCUUGUACUACCUCCUAUUUGGUCAAUGUCUAAACAAAUAAAUAUUAACUUGACUAAUUUCCAGAAUAGGAACUUAAUUUUAAUGUUUUUCAAUUUCUUCUAAUGCUACGAGUAAAAUGGAAAACAAGUAUACUUUAAGAUUAGAAACUCUGACUUACAAUUUUCACUAAGAAUCAUUUGCAUAGAAGAUAAUACGGUCACUAACCCUGAUGGAGCAUUUUACCACAGUCCAGCGUACCAACCUUCCUAUGUCUCAUUUAAUCCUCACAGCAGCAGCUGUUCCCCAGGCCUGCCCGGUGUUAAAGGGUUCCCACUAGGAAAUGGGUACACAGGCUCUGCAGACAAAAGCUUCUCAGUGCACAUCCCAGCCUCAUAGUCUAACCCCAGGACUCCUGAGAGUCUAGCAUUUGGAGGGGUCCCCAACAGCCACGUUGUAAGCAUGUGUGAGCAUCACCCAGGCACACUCUCCAUUAAGACAAAACAGCAGCGUCUCCAGACUGGCCCCAAACCUUCUUCACAGUACUGCACACUGCACGGGGCUUACAGCUUUCCUUUCCUUGUUGCCCUCAAGAGUCCUUAGAACUCGUCCCCAACCCAGUGAAAGUUCCAGGCCAGAAGAAAUGCCCCAGAGGGGAUGGGCACUGUUACCUACCAGACUGUGAUGGAAAUCAAUCUUAAAAAUACCUACUUUCAUCUUAGGUCACUCUAGGUCACUUACCAAGGGCUCUAAUAAGGAAGGCGAACAAGUAUCCCCACGCACUUUCGGGAGUGUCCCCGACACACCCAAGGUCAAGCCUGCAGCCUCACCUCCCAGACCCUAGCCUGAGUUUCAGGAAAGAAUCCACAACUCCAACUGUUCUCUGGUGAGCAUUUCUAGGUCUCAUAGGUGUUUAGAGCUCUGUGGUUUCCUGGGGCCAUCUACUUUAUCCUAGUAGCCAUUACAUAAGUAUGAGUAUUAUAUGAAUAUGAGUGUUAGAGAACUCAUAUCCCAAAUGUGGGAGAUUGUUUGAUCCAGACUAUCCUGGUCAAAAGGCCCUGAGGCUGAUACUUAACGUAACUCCUACCCUUCACUCAACCACCUGUCACCUAGAACUGGUUGGAACCAGGAAAAGCCUGUUGUUCCAGUGCACGAGAAGUUCAAUCACUGUAACUUCUAAAAGAAGAUCCCACCCACCUCAGAAACUGACAAGUUUUUAUCGCAUCUCAGUAUUGACAGAAUUUUCCAUUAGCCAGGAAUCUCUCUUCCAAAGCCUGCAACCCACAUAACCAGCAGAGGUCCACCCACGCUGGCUCAGAGGAAUGUAGGUGACUAAGGCCCGGGAGACCUUAGACAGACAUCUUUCAUGGAUAAAUGUUUCCACCACCUUUCUCAGCUUCCGGAGCCCCAGGCUUAAAGGCAUGCAUUCCCAAGACCAGACAACCAAUAUUCUUUCUUGCAACACAAAGGUUGUAAAGAAAUACCUGGCAUUUGUUAGGUACAAGUCCCACUACACAAAACCAUCCCGGGAACAUCUUGGCAGUGUCCUCAUACCCAGUCCCUAGGAGGCCACCUGUGAGAGCAGUGCUCCUUGAAGUGUGAGUAUGCAUAUAAAUGUGUUUGCUUCUCUUGGAUAGACUGACUCAAGCAGAACAACUCUAUGCAGAACAUCUAAGAACUUCCUGGUUGCUGUCCAAGAAAGCUCACUUCUCGAAUUCUCCCCACUUAUGUGAGAGGAAGCCCAACUCCCCGGUCUUCCCCACUAUCAGGCUUGCUGAGCACAGUUGUCCUAAGGACUGGAAGGUGUCUGCAGCAGACAGUGGAGUCGGUGUUCCUGUGUGCCUUUUGGCAGUUUUUAUGCCCUUCUUAAGAGAGAAUGCCGGCUUAGAUCCACGAGCGACAUUGGUGAAAGUUUGGGUUGGUAAAUGAGACACACACAAGAGCUUCUCUUUGAGCCUAUGUCAUAUCAGAGAGAGUAAAUGGAUACAAAUGUCCCUUCACUAGAGUCCCUUCUGCCCCAGCUUAAAAGAAAAAACAAGUUACUUGCACCCUCCUUCUCUCCUCAGCCUCACACAGGGGUGAGGACACUUUUGUCCUCUUUGUCCAAAUUUAACCAACCAGUCUUUUAGUGGGCAAAUGGUUACCCCAAGGAGCACAGAGAUAAAUACUUGUGCGCAGCUUCCGUACGAUGACUUCAGCAACAUGUACAUGUUAUGCACAAGUAAGUAUCAAAGUAAAACCGAACCAGACCAUCUCUGGACAUGCUGGGAAAAAGGGUCCCCUGCGGCAAGUAACAGGUACUCGAAGAGGCUUCGGAGCAUCUCCAGCUUAGAACUGCCCCUGGAGAGUAAGGUCUGCAAUCACGGUUAUCCCCCAGACCAGAGCCCUGCGGAGGUAAUGAGCUGAAACCUGUGGCUGGCGCGCGCGCGCGCGCGCACACACACACACACACACACACACACACACACACACACUGCUGAGGUAGGAAUCUGUCACCAGCCAGUGACAAAUUUAAAUAGCAGUGCAGGGAUUCAUGCAGCUCAGGCCUAACACAGGCAUCAAAGCGGCUGGAGGCCACAGCCCCCUACCGGGGCCCUUCUGCUCCCUUAGCCCAGUGGGCAAGACCCAGAAUGUGAAGUGCUGUCUGUGUACCAGCUGAGCCCAGCAUAGGCCCAACUCAGGGUGAUGCCUACAGCAGCCCAGCUGAGCCCAGCUGCACCCCCAGCCAGACACAGAUCUCUACAUGCUGCGUGCUCCAUUCUCAGCUUACAUUUGCUGAUGCUAAUUAUCAAGCUAGCUGGGUAACCAUCUGGAGAGAUAGCAGCCAGAAAGGCACGUUCCCUGGAACUUAGGGCUCCCACCUACUCGGGGCCUAUAACUCUACCUCACCUGCUUGCUCCCCCUCAAGGCAUUAGAAUUUGAACUGGCAUGUCCGUGGAUAACACAUCAGCAGGUCUCAGGCAACACAUAAUGGGGCUAGAGAGAUGGCUUGGUUAAAGGCAAGUGACUGUUCUUGAGAAUCAAGGUUCAGCUCCAGCACCCACAACGGGACACUCACAACUCCCUGUAACUCCUGUGCAUAUGUACACAGGCAGGCAGGCAGGCAGGCAGGCAGGCAGGCAGGCAGGCAGGCACACACACACACACAAUUUUAAAGUAAUAAAAAUGGCUUAGCAGGUUCCAUAUAGGGAUGCAUAUACACAUUUGUAUGUGUAACAAUUAGAAGAAAAGGUAGGGUAAGCAAAUGGGUUGGAAGGGAGAAGCAAGGCAAUAUUUUAAUUUAAAAAAUAUUAAACAAAACAGCAAACCUUUAAUAACAAAAGCAAUUCUGAUAAGGAUGAUGUUGGCCAAGACAGACCACCAACUUAUGUGAAAAGCUGGGUACUGUGGAACGGGCCAAUACAAGCCACCUCACCUCGGAAAGCUUCCAUGUUGGCUUUAUUAGUCACAAUUUUUAAUUUAUUUAUUUAUGGAGGGAGGUGGUUUACCACAAUGUGUGUGUGGAGGUCUGAGGCGGUUUGCAGGAGACAAUUCUCCUUCCACCAUCUGAGGUCCUGGGACAGAACUGAGGCCGCCAGGCUCAGCGAAGAGAAGAGAAGCCUUACCAAACCACUGGGCCGUCCUGCCAGUUCCAUUCUACAAAAGGGCUCUAUGACUUAAAGAAAUCGGUCAAGAGUGAUGGGCAAUAAUGCUAGAUCUUUCUCCUCUAAAGUAAGUACUCCCUCCCUCACCACAGUGAGUAGCCUCAAAUACACUUGAACACUUUUAAAUUGAGUUUAAAUAUCUGACCCGCUCCCUUACCAAAAAUAAGCUGUUACCAUACAGAAAGAAAGCUAUUAUAAACAACUGCCCUUCUUGUUAAUUAUGCACACACACCUGGAUUCUAACUUCACUCCAAGUAGUCAGCCCUUCCGUGUUACCUCAGCUUGUGCCUGAGGCACCAAACACUGGCUGCCGGGUCAGCUCAGUUCUCAUGUGAGAUGCCAACUGGGCCUUCAUAGCAGCUCCUGAGCUGGGGGGACCUGGUCUGUUUUCACAUCUGAAACUGUGGGAGGUUGAUGGGUUCAAGUGUGCGCCUUCUCAGAUGCACUUCAUGGGUCCUCUGAAAGCGCUCAGUGAGUCCUCAGCAAAGCUGCUCUGCCAGGCUGCCAGUAGUCAGCAGGCUUGUCAACAGUUUCUGGAAAAUAUUUGCCUGUACUGUCAAAUUCCCAUCAAAACUGCUGACAUUUAGAAUAAUUUUCAUUACUUAAAAGCCAAACCUGUAUAGACUCGGUACUUCCCCCCCACAAAGAACAUAUUUUAUGAAAUCAAACGAAUAUCUUUACUUUUAAAUAUAAUCACUAUUUGUGUGACAUUUAAACAUCUUUCCCCUCAUGUCUACUUGUCUUUAUGCGCACUGGCAUGUGAGCCACAAGGCAGGUAUGGAGGUCAAAGGACACCGUACAGGAGUCCACUCUCUCCUUCUACUGUGUAGGUUCCAGGGCUUGAACUCGGGUCACCAGGCUUGGCAGCAAGCUCUUUACCUGUGAUGCACCAUACUGACCCUGUUCACACUGCAUAUGAAGUCGGUCUGGAUAUGUCGCCCAACUGGCCUCGAGCUCUCUACCCUCUCACCUCAGCCCUGGGGCUGGGCUUACACCUGUAAAGAUGGCUCCUGGCUUCUCUGAAUCUCCAAGCAGGCUGCCCCUGCAGGUAAAGCAGAGUUCCUUAUCUGCCUUUUCAGACUGGAAAAGAAAGAAGUUGUCAGGCCCAUCGGUUCUCUGGCAAUUUCAAUUUUAGUCAAUUAGUCUACCAAAAACAACUUCAGGGCUGCAGAGAUGACUCAGUGGGUAAGAAAGAGGGCUUCCCAAAAAAGCAUGGGAUCUGCCACACUUCUAACACUGUGUAAGGUGGAGACGGGGGUAUUAUUGAGCCUUGUUCUAGGUUCAAUGAGAGGCUGUUUCAGAGUGUAAAGGAGAGAGUGGUAGGACAGGCUCAGUGUGGCCUCUAUGAAGGCACUGGGGCAGACAAAAUACCAUGAUUUCUGUUCGGAAUUUAUAUACAUACUUUAUAAAUACGUAUAUACACCUAUAUACAGAUGUACAUUAAAGUAGGAGGGCCUGUUUUCCAGACAAGCAAGAGAAGGGGAGAGAGGACCAUGGAGGAGUGGUCAAUCUGUUCUGGCUGUUUCUUCUUAACUGGAUAUGGGGCUAACAUAUUAAUAUUUAUCCACCACUCCCUCAAACACUCCACCACACUCCACUGUAAUCUCCACGAAUCCAGGAGCUCACACCUGGUUUUACUCACUGUAGUCUCCACAGUGCUUGGGACAGCCUCGCCAUAUGUUGUUCCUGACACUCCACAAACUGCCACUGGGCUAAAUAAAAGAGCAACAUGACUGGCUUCCCUCUGCAGUGAGCAAACCUGGCCUGUCCAUCCUCACUGGGGUUGCCAUGUAAAACACAACCUUUGCAUAGGACAUGCUUGAUUUAGAAAAUGACUUAUGCCCAAUUCAAAUCUAACUGGGCACCUCGCAUUAAACAAGGAAAUCUUAGUAUUAAUUAUAGGAGAGAAUGGUCAGACUCAGCCCACCCAAGACCUCCAGGGGAGGCAAAACUCUAGGGUGCCAUCUGAAGACCCAGUGACCUUUUCUGUCCUUUAUUACAGAGGCCCUGUGGUGACCGAGUAGUGCCAGAUUUGGAUGAGAAAAGGCUUGGUGCUGGCUAAGGCAGCCACAGGACGGAGCCCUGGCGUCCACCUCUUCUGCUGUCAAAGAUCCUGCUCUGCCAAGGGUUGAGAGGCCCAGCUGCUCAGAUGGAAACAAUACAGGAGGGGCAAGUAACCAGCUCCCCUCUCCCUCCUGCCAGGAGCCUGCAGCCUCUGGCUUAGCUCUGCACCUGCAUAAUGCCUCCGAUUAGGGCUUCAGCUAGUCAGGACCCUGGAGGAGAAAUGUCUCUUGUGACUCAUGUGCCACCAGCAGGUCAUGGGAAGCCCAUGAGCCUGUUUAGAAUAAAAAGCUACUCAAUGUUAACAGAUCCAUCCCAAGUCCUGAAAAUCAAAUUAUCCACACCUAGAUGCUGCUCGAUCAUGGAUGGGCUCUCAAAGGAGCAGUCUUCAGGGUUUCCUCAGGGUUCCUAUCUGCUUUCCUGGGCCUCUGGUGUGGGAGGGGUCUGAAGUCUCUGCUCCAUAGACCAUACCUCAAUCUAAAGUUCCUGGUACCCAAAAUCCCGGGAUGGAGGCUGGUGGGUAAGUCAGUGUCAUCGGUCCAAAGAGGAGGUAUGGGAAGGAAGGUCCCACUUGAGGCGCUGCCUAACAUGGUCCUGCUUGAUUCUGCUUCUCCUGGUGUCGUUACAAUCACCACCCACUUACUCUCCAAAGUGUUUCUGUUUGGACUUUAGACAGGACAGCCAGCUUAGGCUGGGGACACACUGGGAACAACAUCUGAGCCCUGGGACUAGGAUGUCAGAAGGGGACAGCUAUGUGGGAGCAGCUGCAAACAAGGCAGCCAGUGUGUCCCCAGAACUGGAACUAGGAAAGGGCCUCACUGGAAGCAUCACUUCUCUGAAAGCUGAGGCGGCCAGAUCUCUUAGCCUUAAGUUCCAGGGGCAGCUGCUGUGAGCCUGCCCUGCCCUCCCCUCCACCCAGCCCACAGGAGCACAUGCAGGCCUACACGUCCUCAGCUCCCAGGCCCCCAGAAAGCCCCAGCCAUCUUCACAUGAGGGUAUCAAAUGACUGGGAAGCUACCUUUGAUCUGAUGCAGAGAAAGGGCAGGCCCUGCGACUCUGACAGGACCCGCCUACCAACCAUCUCUGGGUUUUCUCUACAAUUUUCAAAACCCUGAGGUUGGAUCCAGAACAAUGAGUCAAAGAGGGCUUGGGGACUAUCUCCUGCCAGCAUCUCCACUUAGUGAAGAUGGAGCUGCAAAAAGGAAACCACAUAGGGAGUCAAACUCCUGGGGAGGCUGGAGCAAGGCACACCCCUCCACCCCAGGCACUGGGUCCAGACAGCUUUGGUGUUAAGAAAGGCUAGGCUCAUGGAGGGUUGGGGGAGCCCCUACAGUAGAGCAGGUCAGGGCGUUUACAUGCCGAGGCUUAUGGGAAAACCAUCAUGCCUGCAUCCCACCUGGCCAGAAGGUAUGUCUCAACAGUGAACGUGUUAUGCAGCCAGCACAGGACUCCAGGCUCGUCCACCAUCAUGAACCAUCAGAUACUUACUAAGACUUUGCAUGGCUUAGCUACAUGGAGUUGAGACCAUGGGUGGCUCUGACAGCCUCCUUAGGGCUCUCUCUCAGUCUUCCUCUCUAUAUAUCAACAAUACAAUCUCACCCACUUCCAAGAUCCUAACCCUAACUGUGUUGAUGUCUCAAAUCCUUAACUGUACCUGCAGAAAGCCCCACUGCAUGGAAACUCCCCAAUCCAAAUGCACCACUCCUGAGCUGCCCACUGAAGCCUGCUCCUCCUUGCUGCCUACCAUUCUCUGCAAAUGAUAGUCAGCCAUGUGGAUGAAAGGUCACCAUCCUACGACCCCUGCACUGUAAGCUCAAAUAACUAGUCUCUGAUAUAAGACCUAAAGUCCCGGGCUGGAGAGAUGGCUCAGUGGUUAAGAGCACUGACUGCUCUUCCAGGGGUCCUGAGUUCAAUUCCCAGCAAUUCAACACAACCAUCUGUAGUGUCAGUCAAUGCCUUCUUCUGGUGUAUCUGAAGACAGCUACAAUGUACUUAUAUUAAAUAAAUAGAUAAAUAACCUAAAAACCCAUUCCCACCUUAUAUCCUGUCCUUGUCACUCCCUUAGCCUCAGUCCUCAUGGAAGAGACCCACGAGCAGUGAAGUCUAAAAGUACAUCUACGGUAUUUCCUCCCAGCCUUGGCUCUCUGGACUUUACCAUGCCUCCAGUUCUGUCCUUCUAGAUGCAUUACAUCCUACCUCUACUCUCAAUCUGUACACUGCUGACUCCUAUGAGCUGGCUCACAAGUCCCUAAGCCAGUGGCCAGUCAGUACUGCAGUCUGGUAAAUUACUCUAACCCAAGCUGAACCAGAUUACACACACACAUACAAAGUCAUCUGGGAAUGGCCACUCUUGAGAGUGACUCUCAAACCCAGAGUGGAUCAAGGGAAUGCAGCAUGCAAGGGAGCACCUGCACAUGUGCACCCACCCAUUCCUGUCAUGUAAAACUGCCCCAGGCACACAGACGGACACAGCCACCAAAGCUCCACUGCAAGCUUCCUCUCACCAGAAAAAACAUCCUGGGCUAUCCUCAAAACUUCAUCAGAAUAUCCUUAAAUGUGAUUUUUUUUUUUAAAGAUGAAACUGUAAUAAAGGGGAUCCUCUCAGGAUGCAUAGUGAGCUCUCUACUAACACCUUCCACUCGGUCACGCAUGUUUUCAAAGCCUGCAGUGGAGCAGCUGCUGUGCUGAGGACAGAGAAUCAGAGAGCGGCCGAUUCACAGCAUCUGCCCUGGAAGAGUCCUAAGGGAUUGGGGACAGACAGACAGGCAGGCAGGCACAGACACAUGCGCGCACGCGCGCGCGCACACACACCCCAAAGUGAACUCAACAGUUCCUGGCAUAAUUUAAGAGAGUCAAGUCUGCCAAGCUCUUUGACAGAUGCUUAAUGAUGUCUUAGAAAGAUCCUAGAAAUCUAGCCUGAAUGACAGGCUUCAGAGACCAAGAGUCUUCCUUAAAAGAUUUCUUUUUAUUUUAUGAAUACCUGGGAGUACCUGCAUGCAUUUGUGCGUGCGCGAGUGUGUGAUGUGUGUGUGCUUGUGUGCGUGUGUUUGCGUGCGUGCGUGCGUGCGUGCGGGCCCACAGGCAUAUACAUAAGUAUCAAGUACACACCUGGUGCUGAGGAUGCCAAGAGUCAGAUCCCCCAGGAACCAGAGCCACAAGCAGUUAUGAGCUAACACGUGGGUGCUAGGAACCCAGGUCCUCUGCACAGGUCACCAGGAUUAUUAACUGCUCAGCCACCUCCAGUCCUAGAUGAAGUAUUUAUUUUUAUAAGGCCUUGAAGUCCAGUAGGAGUUUAGCAAGCAGGAGAGCAGGAUCAAGGAUGUCCCCAGAUCUAGAAAAAUUUACUCUCCCUCUUACACUAUUCCGUGGAUCCAAACCACCAGAGCGGGUAGCAAUGUGGUGACACUAGACUCCUGGGACAGCAAAGAGAUCAGAAUGCUGGCUCUGGACCCAAACUCAAACUGAGCCUCGUGACUUGGCAGGAACGGUAACCAGCUAUAUAAACCUAGGCAAGGUGGUAGACUUUUCUGAACCGUGCUAAUGUGUGAGGCUACUUUAGAUGUAUGAAUGUCCUUAUCCAGACAUUGCCCACGCCCUCGAUCUCUUCUCAGAAAGAAAAUGGACAAAACCAGUGAGCUCUCCUAAGAAAGUCACAUGGUCUAUGUAUUAUGAAAUGAUGACAGUAGUCAUUUGUAAAGAUCCAGAGGCUUAAAUGUCAGGUAUUGGAAUAGUAUCAGGCAUACUGCACACAUGAUAAUAAUAAUUAAUGUUGUUCUUACUAGUAUUGCUAUGAUUCCUUGUGAUAACAGCCGCCCAGUUCAGGUCAGGCCUUAGUAGCAUAUAUUUCUUUCACUUUUCUUUUUUGGU